CUGUCAUGAGCACACUGCGCCAGGACUCUUGGCCAGACGCACAUGUGUGAGCAUAAGAAUAACGUGUAAAUUAAGUUCUAGACAGAUCCAGACAACAGCCACAUUUCCGGCAAUGAAGUUUGGAAGUUUAUUUGUCGUAGCACUAUCCAUCUGCUAUGCUGUUGGAGAACGGAAGCCGUAUUGUGGUUUAGUCAUUGCAUCUGGACCAUGCAAGACGUUCUCACAGAGAUACGCUGCAGUUGGGGGCCUCUGCAAACGCUUCACGUUCAGCGGUUGCGGUGGCAAUCUCAACAAUUUCCGGACACUGCUUGAGUGUCAGGAAGCAUGUGGCAUAUUUCAUCCAGUUUGCGACGCAGCAAUUGAGCCCGGACACUGUAAACAUGGCAAAGCCACUCAUAAGAGGUUCGGUAACAAAAAUGGCGCCUGCGAGGAAUUCCUUUAUUCCGGAUGCGGUGGAAACGGAAACAACUUCAAAACAAUGAAGGAAUGUCGGGAUGCUUGUCACUUCCACAAUCCAGUCUGCGAUGAACCUAUCAAGCCUGGUCCGUGCAAGUCGGGACAUCAUGAACUCUACGGUUUCGACACUAAAGCCGACCGAUGUGUAAAGUUCAUUUGGGGAGGCUGCAAAAACAAUCAUAACAUCUUCAGCUCAAAGGAUGACUGCGAGGCUGCCUGCAUCCGAGAUUGAAACAGAGGUGCCAGAAUAUGUCAGCAGCAAGGGAUAAUUCUGUUGGUCUUAUUUCUGUCAAUUAUUGUUGAUGGUCUCUUGAUCUAUUUCAUUUUUCUGUUCCCCUGGCUUGACCAUGUUGACGGCACAUUCUGACACAAUUCGACAUAAGUGGCAAAGAUCAGUUACUAAGCAGACCCUUCCUUUCAAAUUGUAAACCUUGGCACAAUCCGAUAUCAAUUGAUCUUGAGAGAAACCAGUCAUAAAUAAGCUAAUUUUGAAUUGAUUUGAUUUUUACAUGUGCACACAUGUUUCAAUGACAAUCUAUGUGCAUGUACCCUUAUCGACUAAAAUGAAAACAACGCUUCUCUAAGUCUAUACAACAACCCUAUGUGCAAUAGGACUACUACCCUCUGUAGUAGUGGACCCAAGCCUUCCCAACGAAGGAAUUAUCUAUAGGGUGACGAAUGGACUGCCUCAGGAGUUUGAAUAUGGGUCUGUAUCAGAAUUUCCUAAGAUUAUCCUUGGCCACAAUAACCUAUCUUGACGUUCUGAUUGAUUGAAGACAUGAUUGAUCAGAACAAUUGGCACGAACACAAAUAAUUACCCUGUAUCAUCUCCAUUACAUUUCACGAGUCACGAAAUUAAUUCUUAAAUCACCUGACUGUAAUGUCAGGACAGGCAUUGUGUGAAGAGAUUAUAGGAAAUUCUUUAUUAAAGGGCAUGAACUAUCUAGUAA